UUGACGAUACGAGACGAAUCUGUAAUGAUGACGAGUGUUUCCUUCGGUCAUUGUUGAGGAGCUGCUGCUUGUUAUCCCCGGGGCCGCCACACCUACCGCCAUUGGGUGACAGCACUCGAGCUUUUCAGGUGCUUACCGUACCCCCCCUGAGGAGAGAAGCGACCCCGUGUUUGCCUCCUGAAGUGCUGUUUAUAUAAACACUGAGCCUCCGCGCACACAUCGCCACUCUGCGUUAGGGUGUUGUGACAGCGACCGUUCGACGCGCAAACUCCAAAUUCUCAAGUGGAGAAGAUCCGCAAGUAGUGUUUACUCCCACGGUUGUUUCCAGUUCUUUGAGAAGAAUAUUUCUGAAUUUGGGAAAGGUUUUACGCACACGUUUUCAAUUCUUCCUGACGCAAUGGCCAACGUGCCAACAAAAUUGAGUUUUUCCGUCCGGAGCAUUCUGGAUCUUCCCGAGCAUGAGUCCGAGGCGGCUCCAGUCCUCUCGCGCCCCAGCUCGCACUAUUCCUCCUGGAUGGACUACGGCGGGAGUCCUUAUAUGUCUUCGGACGAAGGCGGCCUUGAGGCGUCCCCCGAUUCCACCAAACCCGAAGACUCCGCCGCGGACUCAGAGUCCGACCAGAACUCAUCCGCCAACAGUAAGAAGAAGAAGCGCCGCGUGCUCUUCUCCAAGGCCCAGACCUUCGAGCUCGAGCGACGGUUCCGCCAGCAGCGGUACCUGUCGGCCCCGGAGCGCGAGCAUCUAGCGCACCUGCUCGGCCUGUCGCCGACGCAGGUGAAGAUCUGGUUCCAGAACCACCGCUACAAGAUGAAGAGAGGACGCGCCGAGGCCUCGCAGGAAAUGGCCCAAUCUCAAAUGCUGCGCAGAGUCGUCGUGCCGAUUCUGGUUCGGGACGGAAAGCCUUAUCAGAGCUCCUUAUUUGACGCGGAUCGGGACGGUUGCAUGGCGCCCGGUGCCUCUCACGCACCCUCCUUCUCCAUGGCGUCCUACCCGUCCUUCCAGCACGCGUCCACGGUCGCCCUCGCGCCCAGAUACCAGCACUUUGCCAGCCCAGCCGCAUCCAGACAUGCGUUCGUGUGGAGAGACCUUUGGAACAAUUCAGUUCACUUCAGUGCCUUUAAGUAAUGAAGGCCUCGUGCGGCCGAAAAAGCUCAUUUAGAACUGCAUCAAAUGCAACUGCAUCUGAGCGUCUGCUUUUGAGACAUUUACAGCCACUUAAACAUUUGUAGAUUUUCAAUAGAAGAAAAACAUUUUGCACAUUUUAUUUUGUUACAAAUGACUGUGGCUAUUUUGAAACCAUAAUGUUGAUAUUUUCUCAUCUGGGUUCACUAUUUGGCCCUAUAUAUUUUUUUGUUCAUUCGUUGUUGUCGUUGAAUUCCAUAUUUGUAUACUAAUGUUAAAUGGACAAUAGGCCGUAGAUAUGU